GGUGAAUGACAGACCUUCUGGAUACUUUUCAUCUUCUCGUGGGUUGCAUCAAGGUGACCCCCUUUCCUCGUUGUUGUUUGCCUUAUGUUCUUAGGGUUUCACUGCCAUGAUUAAAAGAGCUAUCUCAAGACGUGAACUGCAUGGGGUUCGAAUCAAUUCUCAGUGUCCAUCGGUUUCCCAUCUUCUUUUCGCAGAUGAUUCUUUUAUUUUUCUCCGUGCUUCGCGAAGGGAUGUUGCCUUCCUCCUUCAGGUCCUACGAGAUUUUGAAAGUAUCAGUGGCCAGCGAGUUAAUCUCCAAAAAUAUGUUGUUUAUUGUAGUCCCAACAUGUUGCAAUCGGAACAAGAAGAUUUGGGAUCGUUUCUUGGAGUUGGGUCGAUCGGUCUUUAGGAUCGUUACUUAUGUCUUCCUUCCCUUUUAGGGAGAUCAAAGAUGAAGACUUUUCGUUUUGUUUAAGAAAAUUUAUUAUCAGUUCUUCAAGGCUGGAAGCAACGUGCUCUUUCUACUGCGACCAAAGAAGUUUUGCUCAAAUCUGUGGCAGACCAUUUACAUCAUGUCAUGUUUUCAGCUACCAAAAUAGUUAAUCAGGUGUCUUAAUGCACACAUGCUCGUUUCUGGUGGGGGCAACUCAGGAACAUAGGAGGAUUCAUUAGCGUUCUUGGAAGCUUCUUUGUUCGGGUAAGCAAGUGCAAGCCGGGGGGCUAGGAUUCAGAGGGUUCGGUCGGUCAAUCAAACUCUCCUCGCAAAGGUAGCAUGGCGGGUACUUGCGGAUCCAACUUCUCUUUUGGCUCGUAUCCAUCGGGGAUGCUACUUCAGUUCUACUCCUUCUAUUAUGGAUGCUACUCUUGGAUCCAAUCUUUUGUGGGGCUGGCGUAGUGUUCUUUUUGGUAGAGACUUGCUUUCACAAAUGGCUUCGUUGGCAGGUUGGAGAAGGGUUCUCAAUUCGAGAUUUUUCUUAUUCUUGGUUGCUGACCACUCCUCAAUCUAUUCCAAAACCUCGGUUAUGUGCUCCUUAUGCCUUUCCAUUUGUUGCUACUUUUAUCGAUCCAUGAACCAAGAAUUGGAAUGUUCGCAUGCUACAAUUAUACUUUGAGGAAGAUACAGUUCAUCUGAUUCAAGGGAUCCCCCUCCCUCAUCAACGGAUUGCAGACAAGCUUGUUUGGCAUUUUGAAGUUUCGGGGAUUUUCUCAGUCAAAUCUGCAUAUCUCCUAUUAACUACUUUGCAGUGUCCUCCUUCUUCCUCUAAACAUCAAGUUUCGUUCAUGGAUCAUUCAUUAUGGAAAUGGGUAUGGAAUAGGAAGGUUCCUUCGAAGUUACUAUUCUUCUUAUGGCAAGGUUUGCAUCGUAUGCUUCCGACUAGGGAGGCUUUGGUGGUGUGGGGUAUGGACUUAAUCCCCAUUUGCCUAGUUUGUGGUCGAAAGGAAGAAACGAUUGAACAUUUAUUUUUUACUUGUUUGGUGGCUCGAAAAUUUUGGAGGUUGAUUGGUUUGCAAGAACUUUGGAGGCAGUCGGAGAAGCGUUCUUUUGUGGGCUUUAUCCGACAUACCCUCAGCAAUGCAAAUGGACCAGAAGAAGAUUAUCUUAUUUUGCAGGUGGGUUGCUUGCUUUGGCGAUUGUGGAAGAAUCAUUGUUUGGUGGUGUUCUAAUCCAAGCAACUCCAACUGAAUGUUUUGGUUAAUCAAGAAGCAAAGGAAGUGGAGCAGGCAUUAUUACUCCCCGCCAAUGUCUCGGGAAUGACACCUGCUAUUUCUUUUCCUCUCCAAGUUUUUUUAUGAAGCUCAGGGUAUGCGGGCUACUUUUGACGUGACAACAUCAUCUCAUGGUUUUUGGACGGUUGGCUUUGUCCUCUUUGCUCCUUCAAGUGGAAUCGUUGGAGCUGCUGCUAUGCGAUAUGAAGGGAUAGCAGAUCCAUAUGUGUUCGAGGCAUUGGGCAUGAGGGACUGCGUUGCGGAUUGUUUCCGACGACAGCUUCAAGGGGUCACAAUUGACAGUGAUGCUAAAUUGAUCAUAUACAAAUGCUUUGCUAGGGAUGUCGGAUGCGGCAGAUAACAAGAUUGGUGUGAUUCUCCAAGAAUUAUUCGCAGUUUUGGAUGUGGUGGAAGUUUCUCAGGUUCUGUUCCUGGGAAGAGUUCGAAAUAGAGAGGCUCGUUGUGUGGCCCAUAAAGCUCUGAUUUUGUCGCCUCAAAUGUUACCGAGGUUCGACUUCUGUUCCUGGCUUCAUUCGAGGGAUGUAUGAACCCUCUUGUUCCUUUGUAUCUAAAUGAUUUCCUCUUAUGAAGAGUGAUCUUCUAGCAAAAAAAAAAAAAAAACAAACCCACCACCACAGAUAUUCGACCGCUCCCGAUCCAUUUAAUACGGGGAAUUCUCGUAUUGACUGGGUAUGAGGUAGAUAUAGGUUAAACCAACAAAAAUUUUGAUGGAAAGGGGACUAAUAUGAGAUGGUUUUAGCCUCUCAAUUCCAUAUACAUAUAUGUCCCACCAAUGGUGUUUAUUAAUAUAAAAAUACAGAGAUAAUAUUUUAAUCUCUCAAUGAAAUAAUGGUAAUUCA